AUGUUCACAUUUUAUUCGUUACAUUUUGCAACAACCGAAGAACAAAACGCUAGUUCCUCAAAUAACCAAUUCCACGAGCAAAAGCUAGUGGAGAAGUAUUGCCGGCAGACGCAGCUGCUGAAGCUGAUCGAGGGCUCUGCAGGUAAGUUUGUGGAGAACUAUAGAAACCACCGCCGGCCCGAGGACCUGCUGGCGCCGGUCCAGGUAAGUCUGGACUUCAACUACCGAGAGCUGCUCCGCCAGGCGCCCAAACUCCUCGACCAGGUCGUUGAGGAGCCGCUGCAGUUCGCCGAAGCUGUUAAAUACACCGUCUAUGGCCUAGUUAGGGACCAUCUGAAGACCGCCGGGCUGAAACCCAUCGAUAUAUCCCAGCUGCACGCCCACUGGCGGCUGGUCGGGCUGCCGUACACCCCGGGCCUGCAGUUCGAGCCGCGGGAGAACUGCCUGCGGCUCGGACUGACCCAGGUGCAGGGCAUCCUGUCGGCCUACACCCCACCGGAGAACCUGGUCCUCCAAUCGAUUUGGUACUGCGGCAGCGGCUGUAUGCGAAAUGCGAUACAGACCAGCUCCACGGAUGGUAGGUCCAUCUAG